ACGUAGAGUCAGCAACAGACCUAAGGCACGUAAGCCAAUGUUAGGAAAGAUGACAAUAACUGGACUGAUCCUGAGUUUUCUGCUGCUGAGAAGAGUGUCUUGUUAUAUUGAUGGAUCAAGACUUCAUAGUUAUUGUAUAGAUAUGGACAUCAAACAUUCAUUUGGUUCUGAAGGUGGGAGCAGGCCAUAUACUAUUACUCCAUCCUCUGCCACCCUUGACAAAGACGAAGUUGUGGAAGUGGUCCUGAGCUCAACAGUUUAUAUAAAAGGAUUCAUGAUGGAUGGACGGAAUGAUAAUGAUCAAAGAGUUCCUGUGGGGUUUUUUGUUAGUUUAGGCCAACCAAACACCAACCGAUUGUUGAACUGCAGAGGCAGCCCAAACACCACCAUGGUUCAUAGAGAUAAUCAGAAAAAAAGAACCAUUUCUGGCCAGUGGAAAGCUCCCGAGAAAGGAACCUUCGUUUUCGAUGCUGCAGUUGUUGGGGAUGCUAGCUGGUGGAACAGAAAUCCACCACCUACAACUCCAGCUACAACAGACAUGCCAAAGACGAGCAACCCGACAACUCAACCCAGUACAACUCCAGCUACAACAGACAUGCCCAAGACGAGCAACCCAACAACUGGACCCAGUACAACUCCAGAUACCGUAACAACAGAACAGACGACUCCCACGACUACUGACUGUACAGCUGAUGACACAACGAUCAUCUCCAACACAUCUACAACAAACAUGACAAGAAACUUGAAAACUUCAGCUUCAAAUUUGCUCCUUGUUCUGAUGCCUACGAUAAGUAUAGGAUGUGCUGGUACCGGUAUAUAUUUUGCUAAAAAAAAAAACAACCUGAAAACUCAACCCAGUCCAACUCCAGAUACCGUAACAAUAAAACAGUUUGACACUACAGCUGUGCCCAAAAGGAUCCAGUCCAACAUAACUGGCAGAACCAUCCCGAUGAGCAACCUGACAACUCAACCCAGUACAACUCCAGACUGGAAUUCAAAUAAAAGAAGGAAAAGAGACUCACCACCAGAGAAUUUGAGUGACAGAAUCUACUGUUUGCUCCCAGUGAUCUGCCAUACCCUGAUCAAUAUCAUCUUGAUGGCUGAGCUUAUGUCAACAUUUUUCUUGGUUUGUAGCAGACCCCAAAACCCCACAACACAACCCUCAAUUUCAUCAACACCUGCAAAUGAUUCAACCACAUUCACAAAUGAUUUCCAACAGGUUGCUGCUGUAGCUUUGCUGCUGAUUUCACACUUCCUCCAUCUUGAGGGGGCACUUUUCCUGUUGGGUUACAAAAGGGAUUUAAUCAGUCACUUGGUAUACAAGGUGUUGUCACUUUUCUCCCUGUGUGCAGUCUUCAUUGCCUUUGUUUUCUUCCUUCUGUGUAGCCAUACCAUUGUAUCUGCUCUUACAGGUGUUGCGAUGAUUUUGAGUCUCAUUCAAACAAUCGUUGCAUUCACCCUUUGUGGUCCGAGCCAUGAACUGAGGGACAUCAUGAUGUGGGUCCUCAGGACUCUGGCCACCUUACAGGCAGCUUUCACAGUUGUAGGCAUAUUUGUACUCCAGGCGUUUGAGUAUGGUGGUUGCACAUGUUUUCAGUAUAUGAUGACAGGCUCUACGGUGUGGACCUCGGUGUUCUGUGGGAUUUGUGUGGUGUUAACACGUAUUGACUGUAAUUCCAAUAGGAGAAGGAAAAGAGACGCACCACCAGCAGUGUGUUCCGCAGAGAAUUUGAGUGACAGAAUCUACUGUUUGCUCCCAGUGAUCUGCCAUACCCUGAACAAUAUCAUCUUGAUCGCUGGGUUUAUUUCAACAUUUUUCUUGGUUUGUAGCAGACCACAAAACCCCACAUCACAACCCUCAAUUUCAUCAACACCUGCAAAUGAUUCAACCACAUUCAAGGAACCAUAUGAUUUACAACAGGUUGCUGCUGUAGCUUUGCUGCUGAUUUCACACUUCCUCCAUCUUGAGGGGGCACUUUUCCUGUUGGGUUACAAAAGGGAUUUAAUCAGUCACUUGGUAUACAAGGUGUUGUCACUUUUCUCCCUGUGUGCAGUCUUCAUUGCCUUUAUUUUCUUCCUUCUGUGUAGCCAUACCAUUGUAUCUGCUUUUACAGGUGUUGCGAUGAUUUUGAGUCUCAUUCAAACAAUCGUUGCAUUCACCCUUUGUGGUCCAAGCCAUGAACUGAGGGAUAUCAUGAUGUGGGUCCUCAGGACUCUGGCCACCUUACAGGCAACUUUCACAGUUGUAGGCAUAUUUGUACUCCAGGCGUUUGAGUAUGGUGGUUGCACAUGUUUUCAGUAUAUGAUGACAGGCCCUACGAUGUGGACCUUGGUGUUUUGUGAGAUCUGGGUGGUGUUAAAACAUAUUGACAUGACUUCUCAAAAAAGAGUCCCAGCAACACCGAUUCGUGUUUCUCACAGAUUGUGGGUGACAGAAUCUACUGUUUGGCCCCAGUGACCAUGUCCUGAUCAGUGUCAUCUUAUUCGCUGUGCUCAUUUCAGCAUUUUGCCAUAGUUUUGGUUGAUUGUUUGAGUGAACAUUUUAUUACACUAUCAGAGCUACUGUAUGUUCUGACCUAAAUCUUCUAAAUGAUCAGAGCUACCACAUUUCUGAUGAUCAAAACCACCACACAAGAGAACAAUCACUAAAAUAAAUAAGACAUUACAUUUCUA